UAAUAUUUAUGUGUGGCUCCAAAAUUGAAUUAGUAAUUGUAUGUAUUGUAGGUUUUGAGAGACUUUCUAAGCUAAGAAAUUUGGAAAUCCUCGAUCUAAGUUACAAUAUGUUGAACAAUAGUAUCUUAUCAUAUUUGAGUGAGCUUCCAUCUCUCAAGUCUCUAUAUCUAGUCUACAACAAAUUCCAAGCAUCUAACGAUGCUAAUGGUUUUGAGAGACUUUCUAAGUUGAAACAUUUGGAAAUCCUUGAUCUAAGUUGCAAUAUGUUGAAUAAUAGUAACUUAACAUUUUUGAGUGAGCUUUCAUCUCUCAAGUUUCUACAUCUAGCCAGGAGCAACUUAUUAGCAUCAAACUAUGGGCCGUGGUGCCAAUGGUGUUGGGACCAAGAGAGAACUGCUCUCCUCCAACUUGAUCAAACCUUUCUUCAAUUUUACAUUUUCUCUAAGAAACUAGGUGAGAGGAGAGGAAAAAUUCAGAUUGUUGUCAAUGGAAGAAGGUUGAGUGCAACUUUCACCACUAGACGAAUCGUCUCACUUGUCCUUACUUUCACACAAGUUGAAGCAUAUAGUAGCAAUUUCACUAACACGUAUCUGAAUGCCUUUUUGUUUCUUCCAUUUGAGGAAUUGAAAUCUCACUUUGAAUUUUAAUUGAAUAGCUAGUUGCAUAUUGAAAAUGAAGGUUUUUAUCUACCUUUCAACUUAGUUAAUAUUAUGAUUAUCAACAAUCGAGCAUUUCAAUAUGUAUAUGAUUAGCUUUUUCAUCUCAUUCUUGUUGUCCUAUCCUACAUUUUAUUUAUGUGUUAUUUUUUUAAUUGAACCAAA